CCGCAUUAAUACGCGUGACAUUACAACAGCAACAUACUCGUAGCUUUUUACACAUGUUUACCGUCACCGUGUUUGCUUCAUAGGGUAAUCAGAAUCGUGUAACGCGCUGUUACUUUUUAUUUUGCAAGUUGUUAUUACCAUGUUAUGUAACUGAGUUUUAAUUUUUUUACAACCUAUUCGUCCACAUUUAGGGUGGGUGACAAACAUUCGAAUGUCCAGUAGUAUACCGCUGUGUUGUUCGGUGCUGUUGACCUACACACCAGACGCGAAAGUACCCCAGCUGCAGUGUGUAAAAGUAUUUCUUAUUUGUCUCUAUUUUUAUUUGAGGAAUUGUUCGCACUAAAUUUGACUGGCUGACGAAAGCGGAUCAGUAAUCAUUCAUCUUAAAAGUUUUAAUUUUACCAUCGUGGCUUUACCGGCAUAACCAAUCCUUUGCGACCAUUUCGUAAGGUGAUUUAUGUAUUAUUCAGCAAUGGAGCACAUUGUUCAGCGCUGGCUUCAGGAUUUAAGAUGGUCGUGCGCAUGUGAGCAUGUCACUCUGCAAUCGAAAUCCCUAGCGAAUCCGGAAGUAAAAACCACCCGUCCGGCGGGAACAUCAAAAGUAAAAAACAGAGCCUUGACCAAACGUCCCCGCACAACUUCCUCCACCGGUAUAGUUUCUGCUUGUAAUCAAACUGAUCGCAAAAAUCCAAACGAUUUUCUAAGAACGGAAGUCGGGCAAGUGCACGACAAAACUACUCCUCGCACAUAUGAAAAGAGUUUGCUCGAGACGCUUGAUGGCCCUAUAUAUGAAAUGCAGGCUUAUCUGUCGCAGCUUUUUGAAAUCACCGAUAUAAACCAAAAAAAUGAUGCUGCUAUUCGCACAAUCUGCAUCCAAAAACUGCCUCCAUUAAUCAGUAAUUUGGAAAUUUCCUACAAACAUUUUCGAGGAGAUGCAGACGGAACGACAAGGCAUGACGAUAACGACUUGAUGGAGUUUAUUUCCCGUGCUUCCAAAGAAAUCACUGCGUUGGCUUCCCAUAUUUCCCAUGCCACUCCUUAUGAUCCGAAUGUGGUUGCAUUAUGCGCGGAUUCCAUUUCCGAAAUCAUCCGAGAAAUGGCCGCGGAAAUCGUGUUUAGUGAAUGCCUGAAGUUGAAAAAAGAUCUACUGUCAGUUUCUGUGGACCACUGUCAUGAUAUUCUCAUGCAGCUGCUGAGGCUGACACAACGAGGCCCAGGAGUGUGUGUUUUAGUCAUCCAGGCGGGCAUUAUGCCAAUUCUCAUCCAGCUCUGCAAAGAAACGACUAAUGCCGAUAUUCUAGCCGUGACAUUAAGGACACUAGGGUGUAUUGCGGCGUUACCUGACGGGAUUUUGGAGAUACAAGGGAUUGCACAGUUUGAGGACUUAAUAAGCCUAUUGUGGAGGAGUUCCUACGAAAGCGUUUGCUGCGAAGCCGCUGGAUUUCUUGCUCAAGUGGCGGUGCAUUUGCAAAUAUCCGACAAAGCGCCAGCGUAUUUUCAGGAGCAGCAAAAACUUCUCCUGGGCACCUUAUGUGAUGCUUCACCAAAAAUUGUUCGCGCAGUAAACACGCUGUGCGAAGAAACCAGCGACGAGGAAGUGUUCCUCGUCGGCACUGCUUGUGCUUCCGCCCUAACGCUAAUACGCACGCAUAUACCAAUUAUCGAGUUGCUCAUACAAAAUGAAACAAUGGACAUGAUGUUGAGGAAAUGGAAAAGAAACGUUACUUUAUCGACGAUAGUUAUCAAUCAGAUUUUAAGCAUCGUUAUUGCCAUAUCGACACAGCAAUCAGGACAGCUUCAUUUGGAUACGAUAGAUGACAUGCCGGAGUUUUUAUUGCUGGUCCUUGACAGGAGAAAGAUUUACAAUGAACACGAAAAAAUGACCGUAGUCCGCGCGGUAAAAAAAGGUCUGUCUGUGAUAGCACGAUUAUCACAUUACCAGUUAUUUGCGGAAAAAUUUCUAUCCCUGCAAGGUCAACAAGCUGUGGGAUCAGUGAUGUCGGAUUCUGACUGUGAUGAGACAACGACUAACACAUGCUGGAAAAUACUGCAGAAUCUUCGAAUAAAUUCAAACAUCAAGGAAUGAUACAUGGGACAUUACACUAAGAAACAAGCUUGAAAGUAAUCUUUAAAUCGCUUGUACAGCGGCGCGAGAUUUAAUACUGCGUGGACGUGUAGUAAAUGUAUUUUGUAACACUGUACAUAUAAUAUUUCUAUAAUUACUCGUACUUCUGCUGAGUUUAGCUGAAGUGGUGGAUUUAGCAGUUUUAAUUGUUUAAAUGAGGUAAUCUGUGUCUGUUGAUACUGCUUUGUGAUAAUAACCAAAUA